ACCUAAACAAAAUCAAUAAUUGGCCGUGCCUGCGUGUUUGUGUGCGUGCGUAUGUGUGUGAGUGUGUCAAACCUUGCACGCUGGACACUGAAGCAAAUGCCAUGCUGAUUAAGCAAUAAGUGAAGAAGAAGCAAAGCACAAAUAUCAACAACACAACUCGAUAAGACAAAAUGCAGCAGCAGCAACAACAGCAAGCAGCUAGCGUUGCCAAUUCAACGAUCGUCAACUCAGCUGUCGGCCUGACUCCUCCCGCUCCCGCUCCCGCUCUGUCGAACAGCAGCACACCCAUUCGCAUAGGCAGCGCCAAGCAUGCGGGCGGCGGCGAUUCGCUGCUGCCGCCAGUGGGCAACACCGCCUCCCACUCGGUGCCCGGCACCCCACAGCAGCAGACGCCACAGGCGAGCAGCGUGCCCACGGCAAGCGGCAGCCAUUUGCACCUGCAGACAGCCGGUGCCCUCUCGAUGGCCGCCUCCAAUCAAUCACUGGGCGUCAACGUCGGCGUCGGCGCUGGCGCCGGCAGCAACAUCAGUGGCAUUAACAUAACGCCACCAAACAGCGCCGGGCUCAGGCAGUCAUCAGGAAUCGCCAAUUGGGCCUCAGAUAAUCGCGAUGGCAAUCCAACAGAUAAGUCAGCUGCAGAUGCGGCCAAGCUCAAUCGCAAGGAGUCGUACAAGGCGCAGCGCAAGAACUACAGGCGCGAGAAGAAGCGCGUGGCCAGCGAACUGAUGAACUCUCUGCAGGAUCCGGCGGUUAUAGUACUAGCUGACUGGCUGAAGGUGCGCGGCACACUCAAGUCCUGGACGAAGCUGUGGUGCGUGCUGAAGCCGGGCCUAUUGCUCAUCUACAAGAGCCAAAAGACAAAAAGCAGCCAUUGGGUGGGCACAGUUAUGUUGACCUCUUGUCAGGUCAUUGAGCGACCCAGCAAAAAGGAUGGUUUCUGCUUUAAACUCUUUCAUCCCAUGGAGCAGUCCAUUUGGGCACCACGAGGACCAGACAAGGAGACAAUCGGCGCUGUGGUGCAACCACUGCCGACCGCUUAUCUGAUCUUCCGUGCCCCCAGUCAGGCGGCCGGCAAAUGCUGGAUGGAUGCACUCGAGCUGUCGCUGCGCUGCUCAGCUUUAUUGCUGCGCACCAACAGCAGCACCACGCCUUCCAGCAAUUAUACCGGCGAGCCGCUGCCCGUCUCGAACGAGACACAGUGGUCAGAAGCCGAUUACGAGAAGCAUUUCAACGAUCAUGAUCUGGACGCUGACAGCCAGAAUGAGGCGCCCAAUGCGGCCAUGUCUGGUCUCGAGUCUGAUUCAGAGUCAGAGGCGGCGCAGGAAGAUGAUCUUGACCAAGUACAAUGCGAGGAGACGUGCUAUGUCCCAUUCCAAGAAGAGGAAUUCGGUGAGCAAGGAGAACAGGUGGAGGAGCUGGCAGAGGAGAACAAGAGCCUCAUCUGGUGUAUCGUAAAACAGGUUCGACCCGGAAUGGAUCUUAGCAAGGUGGUGCUGCCAACAUUUAUACUCGAGCCGCGUUCGUUUCUGGACAAGCUCUCAGACUCUUAUUAUCAUGCUGAUUUGCUCUCCAGGGCUGUGCAUGAGGAUGAUGCAUUCACGCGCAUGAAGAUCAUUGUGCAAUGGUACCUGUCUGGAUUCUAUAAGAAACCCAAAGGCCUCAAAAAGCCAUAUAAUCCCAUAUUGGGCGAAACGUUUCGCUGCUAUUGGAAGCAUCCAAAUGGUUCUCGCACGUAUUACAUUGCCGAGCAAGUCUCUCACCAUCCGCCCGUUUCGGCCUUUUAUGUGACUAACCGCGAGGAUGGCUUUAGCAUCACCUGCUCCAUCUUGGCGAAAUCGAAGUUCUAUGGCAACAGCACAUCGGCUGUGCUGGAGGGCACGGCUACGAUGACGCUAUUGCCCCGCGGCGAAAUUUAUACAGCGACCACGCCCUACGCUCACUGCAAGGGUAUACUCAUGGGUACAUUGUCCAUGGAACUUGGCGGCAAGAUAAACAUCGAGUGCGAGAACACCGGUUACAAGACGGAGCUCGAAUUCAAACUGAAGCCAUUCCUCGGCGGCGCGGAUGCCACCAAUGUGGUCGUGGGCAAAAUUAAAUUGGGCAAAGAGACGCUGGCAACUAUACAAGGUCACUGGGAUAAAGAGUGUCGCCUCAAGGAUCUGAAAACAGGCGAGGAAAUUUUGCUCUUUAAGGCCGAUGCAGACAUGCGCUCGAAACGGCUCACCCGCUAUUUGGUGCCAUUGGAAAAACAACUGCCAACCGAGUCGGAACGCCUCUGGAGUCUCGUAUCCGAGGCUAUUGCGCGCGAAGAUCAAGUUGCUGCCACUGAAGAGAAAACCGUGCUUGAGGAAAGCCAGCGGGCGUCGGCCAAGGAACGUGCUGAAAACGAUAAGAAACAUAUUCCGACGCUUUUCGAGCUGAACGAUUACGGUCAAUGGAUAUACAAAUAUUCAGAUUUGCGGCCAUGGGACGUGCGUAAUGAUGUGCGCCAAUACGAAUGCGAUUACAAGGUGAUCACCGAGACUCGAAAUAAAACUGUUCCCGUUGUGCUCGGCGCCGACAAGUUGAUUCCUCUGCGUGCCGGUAUGAAUUUAGUCACUCGGUCCUUUAGACAUUUAACUAUUGUACCUUCCGCAGAGGGCUCCAAGGCGCCCAAGGCUAAAAACAAAUCCCUUGUGCUGGCCCCACGCGACACCAACUCGGAUUCAAGCCAAUCACCCCAAGGCGCCGUCAAGCGCGGCUCCAAUAGCGCCGCCAUCAAACAACUCACAAACGCCGUGGAACAGAUGAAUGCAACACUGCAGAGUCACACGAAACAGCUAAAUGACAUCACACGCCGACUCGAGCGUAUGCAGUAUGCACCGUCCUCUAGACACUCCAAUGUGCACGAGCUGAUUGGCGGCGGCGUUUCCUUAUCGACGGUGAUCAAGUCGCUAAUUUAUGCUCUAAUUGGGCUCAUGGUCAGCUUAAUUCUGCGUUGGCUAUUCAAAUAGUUCUAUUGGUUAAUCUGUAUACAUUUAAGUCAAAUUAUUGAGCUACAUAUAUUUAUAUAUAGUUUAUAUAUACAACCCAUAUUAUUCUAAAUCUAUAACCACGCCUCCUCUAUUGUACUAUAUUCUGUCCCACUCAGAAUGCCUUGGCAUCCAGCCAAAGAACCAGAUUCGCUGUUUUAGUGCGCGUCUAGAGUCAAUCACGAAUUAUAUUAGUCUAAAUUUAAACCCAUCUAAUAGCUAGUGCGGCCACAAUUGUUGAAAAUCUCGUAUCAUUCAGAUACGUUUAGACUAAUGCGUUUUAUAGAGAAUGGAGUUUAUCGCUGACACUAAAAAUCUAACCAAUUUCUGUAUCAAAACAAAUGCAUAUACAUAUAUACACACUAGUAUUCACAAAAUAAUAUAUAUAUUUAUAUAUAGAUCAUUUGAAGCAGCUGCUUGAGAGGCUUUCUCAUUGACAAGGACACCGUGCAACACUCAUAACCAUUUAGAAGUUAAAUGCUAAAUUGCUUGUAAUAAAUUUAGUGUAGUUUACACACACAACACACUUUUUUCAUUAAGCAAACACAAAUUGUACAACCUGGAGAACACUUUUGA